GCGCACCGCUAUGAUAAUGGAAACGAAGGGCAGGUUUAAGGAUCUUUGAGCUUAUUGGCUCCAGGGCCCACCAGCUGCCCAGUCAGGCCGGGCUCACUGUCCUGGGGGGGUGGGGGUGGGGGGGACCAGCUGUGAGACUUGGAGACGUUUGUAGUUAACACCCAUCGCCCGUCUCAGCAUCCUCAGAGCCAUGUCUAUCCCCAGCAGCAGCCCAGAAAAGGAGGGCUCCACUGGGGCUCAGUUCGAGUGCCCCUAUUCUCCUGGCAUGGACGCAGACCCCCCAUCAACGGGCAGCCCAGUGCUCAGCCCGGACUCUUCCUCCCAUGAUGCAGCGCUGUCGGCACCAGCAGGAUCCCCAGCAGACUCUGAGAACCUGAGUCCUGAUGAACUUGAGCUUCUGGCCAAACUAGAAGAGCAGAACAGGUUGUUGGAGGCUGACUCUAAGUCGAUGCGAUCCAUGAGCGGCUCGCGUCGUAACAGUGGCUCAUCGAUGGUGUCCAGCUCCUCCGCCUCCUCCAACUUGUCCCACUUAGAGGAAGACACCUGGAUCCUGUGGGGACGUAUUGUCAACGAGUGGGAAGAGUGGAGACGCAAGAAGGACAAACUUCUGAAGGAGUUGAUCAGGAAGGGCAUCCCUCAUCACUUUCGUGCCAUCGUCUGGCAGCUGCUGGGCAACGCCACAGACAUGCCGGUGAAGAACCAGUACUCGGAGCUGCUAAAGAUGUCCUCCCCCUGCGAGAAGCUCAUCCGCAGAGACAUCGCCCGCACUUACCCCGAGCAUGAGUUCUUCAAAGGCCAGGACAGCCUGGGCCAAGAAGUCCUCUUCAAUGUCAUGAAGGCGUACUCGCUGGUGGAUCGAGAGGUGGGCUACUGCCAAGGCAGUGCAUUCAUCGUUGGCCUUCUUCUAAUGCAGAUGCCAGAGGAGGAGGCGUUUUGUGUUUUUGUGCGUCUUAUGCAGGAGUACCGACUAAGGGAACUGUUCAAACCCAGCAUGGCAGAGCUGGGCCUCUGCAUUUACCAGUUUGAGUAUCUGCUACAGGAGCAACUUCCAGAGCUGAACGUCCAUUUCCGCUCCCAGAGUUUCCACACAUCCAUGUACGCCUCGUCCUGGUUCCUCACCCUGUUCCUCACCUUCCUCCCUCUACCUGUUGCCACGCGCAUCUUUGACAUAUUCAUGUAUGAGGGUCUAGAGAUUAUCUUCCGUGUGGGCCUGGCCAUCCUGCAGUACAACCAGACUGACCUUAUUCAGCUCGACAUGGAGGGAAUGUCACAGCAUUUCCAAAAGGUCAUCCCCCACCAAUUUGACAGCUGCCCAGACAAGCUGAUCCUCAGAGCCUACCAGGUCAAAUACAACUCCAAGAAGAUGAAGAAACUUGAGAAAGAAUACACCACGAUCAAAAACAAAGAAAUGGAGGAGCAAAUUGAGAUUAAGAGGUUACGCACAGAAAACAGGCUGCUAAAGCAGAGGAUUGAAACUCUGGAGAAGGAGAGUGCCGCUCUGGCAGACAGACUGAUACAGGGUCAGGUGACAAGAGCACAGGAAGCAGAGGAGAACUAUGUCAUCAAGCGGGAGCUGGCAGUGGUGAGGCAGCAGUGCAACGCAGCCAGUGAGAGCCUGCAGAAGGCCCAGGACACCAUCAGAGAGCUGCAGCAGCAGACGUACACGGAGCAGUUUGUGAACAACCUGCAGACCCAGCUGGAGCAGUCCCGGCUGCGUGAGGCCGAACUGCUUGGAGCGCUGAAGGAGAUGCAAGACAAGGUGCUCGACCUGGAAAAGAGAAGCAGCUGCCUGCCCGAUGAGAACAACGUGGCUGCGCUGCAGGAGGAGGUGAAGCAGAUGAAGCUGAGGGAGCUGGAGACGCUGCGCUCCUUCAGAGAGAUGCAGGACAGUGUUGCAGAGCUCAACCAACGCUGGCAGCAUCAUAUGUCCCGAGGCAGCAGCACAGGCAACGGAGGAGGCCACUGGAAGGAAUCCCCGAAGAAGAAUGCUUUGAACGAGUUGCAGGACAAACUGAUGAGCGUCCGGCUGAGGGAGGCGCAGGCCCAGGCUGAGCUCCGAGAGGUCAAACUCAAAGCUGUGCAGCUGGAGAGCCAGAACCAAAUCCACGGCAAACUAAUUGGUCGUCACGAGCAGGAACGCUCUGCCCUGCAGGAUCGAAUCCAGAUGUUGGCCAACCAGAACAAAGCUCUGCAGACCCAGAUCAACGAGAUGAAAAGGAAGCAGGCAGAGUCGGACUGCAAGAGUAAAGAGGAGGUGAUGGCGGUGAGGCUGAGGGAGGCGGACACCAUGGCUGUCAUGGCUGAGCUCAGGCAGAAGGUCGCCGAACUCGAGAUACAGAAGGAGGAAGGGCUGAUCCAGGGUCAGCUGAACCACUCAGACUCCAGACAGUACAUCGGCCAGCUCCGGGACCAGAUCGUGGACCUCAGAAACGAGAUCAGGCAGCUGCGGGGGCAGAAGGCAGCCCCCAGCUCCAGGGUCAGCUGUGGUGGAGGAAGCACCAACUACCAGGAUCUGUGCUUGACCAGCCCCGCCUCGGGUGAAGUAGACUACCUCAGCUCUGAUGAGGACCUCCUCCACAGUCCGCUGCCCACCACCGCCCUGUACCCUCCACUGUCUGACCCUUGUCACCCAUCGGCACGACUGGACAGCGAGGGAAGCACAGACAGUGAGGCCGAGGAGCGAGGACAUCCAGACCCACAGCAGCUCUACGGCAGCAUGGUCUGUGCUGAGGCGCUGGACAACUGAGACCUGACGAAGCUUUAACCAUCUCUCCUUUCUUUUUUCCUUCCUGGGGUUCUAACGGACAAAACGGAUUGUAUUCAUCAGUCUUUUUUUUUUUGAAGCAGACAUGAAGGCAUCGAAUGAACCUCUUCUCCUCGUCUGUUGUCUCGGCUCCUGCUUUGUCUUCAUCAACACGCUCACUACGAUGCUUAUCCAGUGUUUCUUUAAGAAGAGGUGAGGUGAUGCCUCCUCCCAUGUUUGUGUGCCAGAAACUGUCCUUUAAAAUCAUAUCCUUCCAAACA